AUGCAGCAAGGGAGCAUCAGAUCCAGUUCCACGUACUCGGACUCAUCGCAAAGCGCGAGCUAUAUGGAGCACAGGAAUGUGCCCAGUCUCAGCAGUAGACCUACUACAGGCAGUCGACCAACGAGCUACGCUCCGUCCCAUGUCGCGAACAUUGUCCGCAAGCCAACACCGACUUCAUCACACCCGCAAGAGCCAGGCAUGAGAAGAACCAGCCAUCCGAUCGAUGUCCCCGGAACUCCAGCUCGACCGGCGCUGACGCCGUCUACCACUACAGACGCAGCUCCCCAAACACCAAAGGCUGCUUUGCUUGUUCUGGCCGUGGGACGACUACAUCACGCUACGCUCUCAGACCUCGAAAUUCUGCUUGGCAAGCAGAACUUCUCGAGCAUCACCAUUGCAGCAGGGCAGGAGCAUGCUUCUGCUCUCAAACAAAUGAAGAUGGACAUAUAUGCAUUGAUUGGCAAACUACGCAAAGAGACUGCCGUGUUCACAAUCAUCAAUGAUGAGUGGCGUCAGAGUGACAUUGAAGAGAUAAUCAAGGGCGUGACCAGGAAUGGGCAUGCCAUACAAGGAGUGCUGUGCUCACCAGAAUUCGAUGAUUCCGCCAGUGAAUGCAGCAUAUUGAAUUUGGACGACUCGGAACUUGAGAGCUCCUUGAAACGGAGCUUGCGAUUCCUACAUGCCAUCAGCAGGACUACCGUCAUCCACCUACUGUCAAGGUGUAAGCCAAAUGGCGCCUCACUCAACGGCUCCUUUCACAAGACACCUCAAGGACCUUUCUUUCUGAUCGCAGGCCAAGAAGCAUCAGGCCCUGCAGCACAGGUAGCGAAGGCAGCCUGUGACAAUCUUAUACUUCAACUAGCCAAAGCCACAAGCACACAGAGGCUUGCUGUUGGAUAUACAGACGCUCUGCUUAUACCCGAGCCAAAGAAGGAGGAGUUGUCAGUCGCUACAAAUGGUCGUGAUCUGCGCACUGACGCAUACAAUACCACAGCGGAAGAUUCUAUAUUCGCUCCCGGAGAAAGUCCAUCUAAACUUUGGGGGAUGUGGGCAUUACAAGAAGAGCUAGCUUCGUGA